AUGCCCGACGUUAAGAGAAACGUUAAGCUCAUAACACAGCAGGAAGUCAUAAACAAGGACUCCGGCGUUGAAGGGUUUCCACUCCGAGCAUGGUCAAUUGAGGUGUAUCUCAUCAACGACCAUGGUGAGCAGGUGGCAGCCAAUGUUUUCGACAAGGUGACCUACAAUUUACAUCCCAGUUUCGGGAACAGAGCAAACCAAGUUUUCAAGAACCCCCCUUUCAGGAUCCAGGAAGAAGGAUGGGGUGAGUUUGAUAUGCAAAUCAGCCUCACUGCUGCAGACAAAGACCACGUUGUCGCGCACGAUCUUAACUUUGCUCAAACGCGCUACGAGUCAAAGCACGUCAUUACCUUCAAGAACCCCAAGCCAGCCCUGUUAGCGGCGCUUCGCGAAUCUGGACCUGUCCCCGGCGAUGAGAAUGGGGUGAAGUCGAAGCGUUCCGCAGGAGGAGAGGAAGGAUCCAAGAAGAAGAAGCGAACAGAUAAGAGCGUCGACAUGGAUAAGCUAGCCGAUGGCCUUCAGCGACUCGGCGAAGACGAUCUCCUCCAGGUGGUACAAAUGGUUCAUGACAACAAGGCCCCAGACUCCUACACUAAGAACGACGUUGAGCAGGGAGAGUUCCACGUCGAUCUCUAUACCCUCCCAGACUCUCUAAUCAAAAUGCUAUGGGAGUUCACACAGGAAAAAGGAGCUCUGUGA